CGGCGGGAUGCUGGCGCCUCGCGCUCGCGCCAAACACACGACGGCAGCGCGUCGUACCUGACCAGCGUUUGUGGUGACGCAGGCCAGCAGAAGAGGAAGCAGCAUGCCGUGAUGUGAUGGUGGCAGCAGCUGCAGCAGCCGUCUCCAGGGGGAAGCAAGCGGACUCCGCAAGCUGACGUCACCAUGGGAACGAGUUGCUCAACAACAUCCACCGCUUCGGACGAGUCCAUCAAUAAAUAUGGAGAGAGGGCGACGGCGGAGAAGGCGCGGGACGGCCCGGCCCCAGACAGUCCGCCGUACACGCCGAGCUCGGCGCACUCCUGGGGCUCGGCCUCGGUCGGCGGCGCGGAGCACAGCGCGGCUGCCGGCGGUCAGCGGCCGGCCGAGGUGGUCGACACCGACCAUCAAGAAAAUUCCAUGCGGGUGCCGCAGCCGGCGCAGACGGUCAGCAAGUCGGCCUCCUCUGACCAGCCGCUCGACCCGGGCCUGCCCGACCUCAGCAAGCUUAGCGAGCUAGUGCGCAGCCUCGUCACUGGCGACAUCAACUAUGUCAAGCCCAUCCUCAAGCCCAGGAAGAUCUGCAUCUACACGUGCGGCGACCUGCAGGACACGAUCAUGGAGCGCUCAUCGCUGAUGGACUACGUCUACCCCAAGCUGAGGAUGUACUGCAUUGAGAGAGGCUACGAGCUGAACGUCAUCGACCUCCACUGGGGUCUGCCGGACGAGCACCUUAACGACCACUCGCUGAAGGAGCUGUGCCUGAACGAGCUGAGAAGUCACGCCAAGGACUCGCACGUGGUCACCAUCGUGUUCCUGAACGACACGUUCGGCAAUCCUCUGCUACCGCGCUGCAUCGAGGGACCCGACUUUGACCAGGCCGUCUCCCGAAUCGAGGAGGAAAAGGACCGGGAGCUGCUGUGGACCUGGUACCAAUGGGACGAGAACGCCUCUCCGCCAUGCUACAGGCUCGCUCCAAUCAGCACGCACGUGCCCGAUAUUAAGGAAAUGACUGCGGAAAAGCGAGCUGACGCCAUCAAAGAGUGGCGUCGGAUAGUCAAGGAAAUGAUGAACACCAUGAGAAAGGCCUUCAACCAAGAACAAAAGGAAAAAUAUCUCACCUCUGUUAUGGAACAGGAGAUCAAGCAGGCGGUGUUCCUGAACCAGCAGUCGGCCAAGCGGUGUCUCUGGCUGUGUAGGAGGUUCACGCACUUCCCGUCGCACAACGUGCCCGAGGAUGCCAAGUCAUACACCUCCACUGAGCCCGAGUCCAAGAAACGGCUCGACAUUCUCAAGUCCGAGCUCAAGGAACGCCUGGACGAGACGCGGAUGCUCAAGUUUAUGGUCAAGUGGCACACGGGAGGCAUGGACGUCAAGCACAGCGAGCACAAGCAGUUCGUGGAGGACUUGUGCGCCCAGUUCUCCCCACUCAUCAUCUCCGUUAUUGAUAACGUGCUCUCCGAGGACGAGUCGAAGCUUUCGCACAUCCAGGAGGAGCUGAAGACGUACCUCGGCGUGGAAAAACGUCUCUUCCACGAGCUGAUGCAGCAGUCUCUGGCCUGCCGGAACCGCUUCAACAGGUUCCAUGGCAGGCCAGAGAUGCUGGUGAAAAUCCGAAGGUACCUGAAUAACGACUCGUGCGUGCCGCUGAUCCUGCACGGGCGCGCCGGCUGCGGCAAGUCGUCACUGAUCGCCAAAGUGGCCGAGCAGUGUGGUAACUGGCUCAACAACCCGCAACUGAGCGUCCGCUUCAUCGGUCUGACCCCAGACAGCAGCACCACGGAGCUGGUGCUGCGCAGUAUCGCAGAGCAGUGCUGCGUCCUUUAUGGCGAGCACUCAGCCACCGUCAGCAAGGGCAUUGGUGACCUGAACACGUACCUGGCACGGGUACUCAGCAAAGCCAGCGCCGCCCGCCCGUUGGUGGUCAUGAUAGACGGACUGGACCAGGUUCGCUCGUACAGCACCCGGAAAAUGGAUUGGGUGCCGAAGGAACUGCCGGAGCACACGAAACUCAUACUGACCAUGGCAGAUGACUGCGAGGAGUUUGCCGACCUGGAGAAAAAGAUUGACGACAAAUCGUGCUUCCUUAAGGUGGGCCCUCUGACAACGGAGGAGGCCACAAACAUCCUGGACAGCAUACUGAAGGAGAACAACCGUAAGAUCAACAAGGGCCAGCGAGAGGUCGUAAACCGCUACAUCAACGAGUGCCCCCUGCCGCUCUACGUGGAGGCGGUCGGUCUGACCACAUGCAACUGGACGGGCGGCGAGGAGCACCUGGCGCUGCGCUCCACGCUGGUGGAGCAGAUCCACGUGGUGCUGGACGAGCUGGAGAAGGAAGUCGGCGUCGUGCCCGUGUCGCGCAUCCUGGGCUAUUUGACCGCGGCCCGUCAGGGUCUCAGCGACUCGGAGAUCAUGGACCUGCUCUCUUGCGAUGAGGAGGUUCUCAACGAGAUCUUUGUCUACAACACACCCCCAGUUCGCCGCUGCCCGUCCAUCCUGUGGACGCAAAUCUCGUCCCGGCUGUCGCCGUUCCUCAUGAAGACCAUCGUCUCUGGCCUCUGCCUCACCACCUGGAAGGACAACACCUUCUCCAAGGUGGCCCGAGAGCGCUACUUCAAGCAGGAGCAACAGUUUACGCCCUGCAUGGCGCUCUACGACUACUUUACGGGAAAGUGGGCGAACGGGAAGCGGAAGCCGGUGCUGCUGCCUGACGGCGAGCAGGCGCUGGACGCCGACAACAAGCCGCUCGAGCUGGAGCGCUUCAUCAUGGACCAGCCCAUCCGCUACAGGAGCAGGUAUAACCGGCGGCGACUGGACGAGCUACCGUACCAGGUGUUCCAGCUGACGGGCAACAUUCUAGACGACUUUGUCCUGAACAACGAGUGGGUCUACGACAAGCUGUGCGGGUCAACCGCCUACCAGGUGCUGGAGGACGUCAGCCUGGCCAUGAGCAAGGACCCGGACAACAAGGAGCUGCAGCUGUUCCGCGAGCUGUUGGAGCUGAGCAGCUACGCGCUCGGCUGUGACGGCCGCCAGUUCUACACGCAGUUCUACGGCCGGCUGAUGCAGUUCAUGAAGGAGGAGGAGAACCAGAAACAGUACCCGCUGAUGAAGGCGAUCCACGACAAAGCCUUCAGUGCGCCUGAACCGUCGUUGAUACCGCUAGGGUUCAUUCUGCAAGAGCCGGGACAGGCUGAGCCGCCGGUUAACGACAAUGUCUACUUUAAUCAACUGUACAGGGCUAAACAGAAUCCGCACCACGUGAUCACGGUGUCGCACACGCGCGGGGAGAUCGCCGUGUGGAACAUCUACACCAUGCAGGCGGUGCGCACGCUCAAGGGCAUCCACCAGCCGCAGAGUCUCAAAAUGAUCGACGAGUACCGGUGCCUGGUACUCUCGGGCCGUGAGCUGAAGAUUUACAACUUCGACGAGGGUCUGUUCGUGAUGAAGCUGAAGCAGAUCAUGAACCAGAAGAUGCCGUACUACGGCCUGCACAACCAGGAUCAUGUCGUAGCGCUCUCAAGAGACAGGAUGUACGUCAACAUGAUGAACUUGCAGAACGGCGACUGUGUGGCUACAUUCAAGGUGGGCGAGGACCGCUUCCUGAACUCGCUGAUCGUCUCGGAGGACGGCCGCAUCUGCGUGUGUGGCGACGAGACCCAGAAGCCGUUCCCGCUGCUGGUCUGGGACCUGCAGAGCCGCAAGCUCAUGUACGACCUGCGCAUUCCGCACCACGAGUUCGUCACGCGGCUGGCGGCCAUCACCUCCGAGGGACACUACGUCUGCUGCGGCUGCCGCGAGGUGGAUGAGCCAUCUUCGCCGACGUUCGUGGUCGUGUACGACCUACAGAGCGGUACCCUGUUUAAGAAGUGCAAGCUUGGCGUCAACGUCGUCUCCAUGGCUAUCUCGUCACAGAGCAGCUGUAUCGUUGUCGGCCUGGAGGACUGCAUGGUCGUGGUCAUAGAUCUAAUAUCAGGCAACACGCGGUGGAAUCUGAAGGGCCACACGGCACCACCGGACGCCAUCCGCUUCGACAACCGCGGCCACAAGUUCCUCACCUUCGACUCGGAGGGACGGGACAGGUCUGUGCGGGUCUGGGAGUUGAUGACGGGCAACUCGCUGGGCGUGUUCACGCCCGACCAGACCAUCACCGCCUGCGACCUGUCCGGCGACGGCCGGGCCGUCAUCUUCGCGCUGAAGGGACGCAGCCACAUCGUCACGCUGGCGCUCUGCCACGGCCAGGGCCUCGAGCUGCCGCAAGUCAAGCAGUACGGUAGCGAGCAGAACCAGGGGAAGACGUUCGAUCUCUCUCAGGCCGGAACUUGGACGAACAAUGACAAGAGUCUGUGGGGCAACUGAUGCCGCCCGCCAGACCAGACGGGCGCUGCUGGCGGGGGCCUGAGGGCGGGCCGCGGCCUCGGCCGCCUUCCGGCCCCCGGCGCCGCGCGGCAGGACCCUACCGCUCCCGCCGCGUCCGUCACCCCGGUAUGCAACGCUGCGGUCCGGCAGCCCAGCUGACUCGCGCCCCGGAAACCCGCGGCCGACCUGGCCCCCGGCCGGCCACUGACCCCGCCCCUCCCGGCAAUACUCAGUGAUGCCUCCCG